GAUACAACUCUGCCACUUCAUUAAUAAUCUAAUCCUAUUUCUCUUUUUCUUCUUUCCUUUUCUUUUUCUUUUUUUUUUUUUUUUGUGACAAAUUAGGAGAGAGGGACUCAGGCAUACCCGUUCGAAAAGCUAGAUGUUCUAUCAAUUAGGUAACUGAAUAAUACAAGUUAUUGUUGAAUUGAAUAGUUUAGAUGUUGAGAUUGAAUGCUGUGUUUGUCAUCAUCUUAUAGAGAAGUUCAGACAAUUUGUCUUCAAAUUGUUAACCAGCAUUGAAUGGUUCAACAUACCAACCUCUUUUUUAGUCAUUAAAUGGCAUCUCCAGGAGCUCAGGGAGACAAGUACAGGUCUCUUUUGAAUGGAGAUGAAGAGAAGAACACAGUCUGGAGGUUUGGUGCUCCUCCUAACUAUGAUUUUGUAAACAAGCUCUUUGAAGAAGGUAGAACACAGAUAUGGCCUCCAGGUUCACUUGAAGAAAAAGUGCAGAACCUUCUCAAGUCAUGGGAAAUGGAGAUAUUCCAUAAGUCGCGUUUGGAUGACUUCAAAACAAUCAACCCCAAGAAGUAUACUGCCAGCCUCAACGGAAGGAAAGCUCUAACUUUAGAGGAGUUGGGAAAGCUUGGGGGAGGCUACAACGUGCUCCUGCAAACUGCCAUGCCAGAGAAGCUCCGGGGAUACAACCCAGCCGAAGAAACUGCAGACUCAUCUCACCGUGCUUUCACGACAACGUUCCCACGAGGGUUUGCUAUAGAGGUUCUACAAGUUUACACCGGUCCACCUGUGAUUGUGUACAAGUUUAGGCACUGGGGUUUCAUGGAGGGUCCUUUCAAAGGACACCCCCCUACUGGAGAAAAGGUAGAAUUUUAUGGGAUAGGCAUUUUUGAGUUGGAUGAAGAAUCGAAGAUCGUGAAGGUGGAGCUCUUUUAUGAUCGCGGAGAAUUGCUUGGUGGUCUAAUGAAGGCUGCUGCGAACUCUGAUGGUUCUGUAGCUGAGAUAUCUUCAAGCUGCCCUUUCUUGAGAAACACAGGAUAGCUCUAUUGGUGAACUUCCACAACACACAUGAACAAUGCGUACCCUCUCUACCAUUAAAGCUAGGGCUAGGAAUGAACAUACAGACCUGCCCUUUGAUACUUGCAAUAAGUUAAUAAUGUCAAAACUCAGACGAAUUGUCUUUUUAUACUGUAGGGGGCAUGAACUCAAGUCCCUAUGAUUUGGUUUUAAACAAAUGCAUUAUUGCUAGUUAAUGUUA